UGAUACGCAUGCCUUGGGGACUGAUUCUGGAGAAAGUUACUCGUAUACUUCCGAGUGUUAUUCCUAUUAAUAGGCUUUCGAGCUGCUAAAUGAUCAAAGCUGACCGUAGAAGUUCCAGCAACAACAAUGGCUUCCUUCGGAAAUUCACUCGGAGCGCUCUCUUGGAAAUGUGAUGGAGAAUUUGAUUUGGGUACUUACUGCAUUCAAAGAUCUUUCAUAGAUGGCGUUAAUCUUCUGCUUCUCUGUGUCUUCUAUCUGAUUUUGGUUAUAGAAUCUAGAAGAAAGCUUUACCUCAGUGGUUCUAAUGGAAGAGACUUGGUCACAAUAGUUGUUUCAAUCUGUUGUGCUCUUAUUAGCACUGCAUAUUUCAGUGCCAGUUUCUGGAAUCUCAUAGCCAAAAAUGAUGAAUUCAAUCAUCUGAGCUCGUUGAUUUUCUUUGUAAGAGGACUGGUUUGGGUCUCUUUUACAGUUUCCUUGCUGGUUCAAAGGUUCAAAUGGAUCAAGACUUUUAACUCAGUUUGGUGGGUGUUAAGCUUUUUACUAGUUUCAGCUCUAAACAUCGAAAUUCUACUGAGAAAACGUAGCAUUCAGAUUUUUGACACGGUGCCAUGGUCUGUAAACUUUUUACUUCUCUUUUGUGCUUGUGGAAACAUCACUCACUUGAUAUCCCAACAGAACCCGGAGAAGAGUCUAUCCAAGCCUCUAUUAGACAAAAAGUCCGACAUUGGCCAAACUGAACUAGGCCAGGCCAGUUUUCUUAGUAGGUUGACAUUUUCUUGGAUUAAUUCUUUGCUUUGCCUUGGUUACUCUAAGUCAUUGGCUCUUGAAGACAUCCCUUCUCUAGUUUCAGAAGAUGAAGCCAAUUUAGCCUACCAGAAGUUUUCUGAUACAUGGGAAUCCCUUCUGAGGAAGGGGGUCUCAAACAAACCAAGCAACCUGGUUCUCCAGGCCAUUGCAAAAGUAUAUUUUAGAGAGAAUAUUUUUGUUGCCAUCUGUGCAUUUCUUAGGACAAUUUCUGUGGUCGUUUCACCUCUGAUACUCUAUGCUUUCGUGAACCAUGCAAAUAGCCAUGAGAAAGAUCUAUUUGAAGGUCUUUGUAUAGUAGGGUGUCUAAUUCUUGCUAAGUUGGUAGAGUCAUUGUCUCAAAGGCAUUGCUUCUUCCACUCAAGGAGGUCAGGAAUGAGGAUGAGAUCAGCCUUAAUGGUGGCAAUCUAUCAAAAGCAGUUGAAGCUAACGAGCUUGGGAAGGAAAAGGCACUCAACAGGGGAGAUUGUGAAUUAUGUAGCAGUCGAUGCCUACAGAAUGGGUGAAUUUCCGUGGUGGUUCCAUUCAGGAUGGAGUUUUGGAUUGCAACUUUUUCUUGGCAUUGGUGUCCUCUUUGCUGUUGUAGGUAUUGGCGCUUUUCCUGGUUUGAUCUUUCUUCUUAUUUGUGGCCUUCUUAAUUUUCCAUUUGCAAAGAUACUACAGAAGUGUCAGUCCAACUUUAUGAUUGCCCAGGAUGAGCGGCUCAGAACCACUUCUGAGAUUCUAAACAGUAUGAAAAUCAUAAAGUUGCAAUCAUGGGAAGAGAAAUUCAAGAACUUGAUUGAAUCCCUUCGUGAUAGCGAAUUCAAAUGGUUGGCUGAAGCACAUUUUAAAAAGGCUUAUGGCACAUUAUUGUAUUGGACGUCUCCAACCAUCAUUUCUUCAGUUAUCUUCUUGGGAUGUGCCAUUCUUAGAAGUGCUCCACUAAAUGCUAGCACAAUCUUCACAAUUCUUGCAACAUUAAGAUGCAUGGGAGAACCUGUCAGAUUGAUACCGGAGGGUCUUUCAGUUUUGAUCCAAGUCAAGGUCUCUUUGGAUCGUCUAAAUAUCUUUCUGCUUGAUGAUGAGCUCCAACAUGAUGAAAUCAUUAGAACUCCAUCCCAGAUUUUGGAUAAGAGUAUUAAAAUUCAAUGUGGCAAUUUCAGCUGGGAUUCAGAAUUCAUGGCUCCAACUCUCAGAGAAAUAAAUCUGGAAAUUAAUCCGGGGAAGAAAAUUGGAAUUUGUGGGCCAGUUGGAGCUGGGAAAUCAUCUCUCCUAUAUUCUAUACUUGGAGAGAUACCGAAAGUUUCAGGAACUGUCAAUGUAUAUGGAUCAAUUGCCUAUGUUUCUCAAACUUCUUGGAUCCAAAGUGGGACAAUCCGUGAUAAUAUACUCUUUGGACAGGCUAUAGAUCAGAUAAGAUAUGAGAAAGCCAUAAAAGCAUGUGCUUUAGAUAAAGAUAUAAAUAGUUUCGAUCAUGGCGAUCUCACAGAGAUAGGUCAGAGAGGGCUCAACAUGAGUGGAGGGCAGAAACAGAGAAUCCAACUUGCUCGAGCAGUAUACAACGAUGCUGAUAUCUAUCUGCUGGAUGACCCCUUUAGUGCAGUAGAUGCACAUACUGCUGCAUAUUUAUUCAACAACUGUGUCAUGGCUGCUCUAGAAAAGAAAACUGUCAUUUUAGUGACUCAUCAGGUGGAAUUUCUCCAAAAUGUUGAUCAUAUUCUGGUUAUGGAGGACGGGAAAAUUAAUCAAUCAGGAAGCUAUGAGGAGCUCUUGACAUCUGGGAUUGCAUUUGAACAGCUUGUUAACGCUCAUAGAGAUGCAAUGACAGUACUCAAUACUUCACACAACGAGAGCCAAGUAGAAUCUUCUCAGAAAGUAGAUUCUGUUCAGAUAGAGGUGUGUCAAGGGUCUUGCCUCACGAAGGGAAACAGCGAGGGGGAGAUUUUCUUUGAAUGUUUGCCGGGAAUACAACUAACAGAAAAGGAGAAGACAGAGAUUGGUGAUGUUGGAUGGAAACCAUUCUGGGACUACCUUCAGGUCUCAGAGGGGACAUUUUUUCUGUGCCUAAGCUUAAUAACUCAGUCUAUUUUUGUUGCCCUUCAGGCUGCUGCAACUUAUUGGCUAGCUCUAGGCAUUCAAAUUCCUAGUAUUACUACUGGCAUGUUGAUUGGAGUUUACACAGUGACUUCAGCACUUAGUGCUGUCUUUGUGUAUCUAAGGACUUUAUUCGCAGCCCAUCUCGGAUUGAAAGCUUCUAAAGCCUUCUUCUCGGGUUUCACCAAUGCUAUUUUCAAAGCUCCCAUGCUGUUCUUUGAUUCAACUCCAUCUGGGCGAAUUCUGACCCGAGCUUCAUCAGAUUUAAGUAUUUUGGAUUUUGACAUACCUUUCUCAAUGGUAUUUUUGGUGGUUUCUGCAAUUGAGUUUCUUACAAUGAUUGGAAUCAUGGCCGCAGUCACAUGGCAAGUUGUCAUUGUAGCCAGCCUGACUACGGCAGCUGUAACAUAUUUUCAGGGUUACUAUCUAGCUUCUGCAAGAGAACUAGUAAGGAUCAAUGGAACAACAAAAGCUCCCAUUAUGAAUUAUGUAGCUGAGACAUCACUUGGAGUAGUCAAUAUCAGAGCUUUUAACAUGGUGAACAGCUUCUUCCAAAACUACAUAAAACUCAUCGACACAGAUGCUAGACUUUUCUUUCAUUCUAAUGCUGCCAUGGAAUGGAUACUUUUAAGAGUAGAAGCACUUCAAAACCUGACCCUUUUCGCCACAGCAUUUCUCCUAGUUUUACUUCCUAAGGGUUUUGUAGCCCCAGGGCUUGUGGCACUCUCCCUUUCAUAUGCUCUGACCCUAACAAGCACUCAAGUCUUUUUGACAAGAUGGUUCUGCAACUUAUCCAACUAUAUUAUCUCAGUUGAACGGAUCAAACAAUUCAUGCAUAUAUCUUCAGAGCCUCCAGAUAUUGUGGAGGGCAGAAGACCACCAUCUUCAUGGCCUUCAAAGGGGAGGAUUGAGUUGCAAGCUCUCAAUAUAAGAUAUCGUCAAACUGCUCCCCUAGUUCUCAAGGGAAUUACUUGCACAUUCCGAGAAGGCAGUAGAGUUGGAGUUGUGGGAAGGACAGGAAGUGGCAAAUCUACAUUAAUAAGUGCUUUAUUUCGUUUAGUAGAGCCUGAAAGUGGAAGAAUUCUUAUAGAUGGACUCGACAUAUGCUCCAUUGGUCUCAAAGAUUUGAGGACAAGGCUAAGCAUCAUCCCUCAAGAACCAACUUUAUUCAGGGGUAGCGUUCGAACAAACAUGGACCCUUUAGGCCUUUACUCCGAUGAUGAAAUAUGGAAGGCUUUGGAGAAGUGUCAGCUCAAGGCAGCAAUUAGCAGCCUGCCAAAUCUGCUAGAGUCAUCUGUGAGUGAAGAAGGCGACAACUGGAGCACAGGGCAACGCCAACUCUUUUGUCUCGGAAGGGUCCUUCUUAGGAGGAAUAGAAUUCUAGUUCUUGAUGAAGCUACUGCUUCCAUAGAUUCUGCAACCGAUGCUAUUCUACAAAGAAUUAUCAGGCAGGAGUUCUCAGAAUGCACUGUGAUCACCGUAGCUCAUAGAGUUCCAACAGUUAUUGACAGUGACAUGGUCAUGGUCCUCUCUCAUAGGAAGUUGGUGGAGUACGAUGAGCCUUCAAAACUUAUGAAGACCAACUCCUCUUUCUCUAAUCUUGUGGCUGAAUAUUGGUCGAGCUGCAAAAGAGAUUCCUACCGAAAUCCCUACAACUAAUGAAUUAGGUGAUGAUGAGUAUAGCGAGGAAAUUACAUCUACAAGUCGGUAUGGAAGAAUCAUUCUACUGUUGACAU